AUGACCUUUAUUCUCUUGGCUCGCGACGACGAGAAAGGCACUGACGGCAAAUUUGUGUGUCUUCGACCUAAACCAAACGAACAUGGUGAAAAGCUUUUGAUUGGAAUUUCAUUUCACCAAUUGGCAGAGUAUGUGACCAUGGGUUGCCUGGGCCUCGCCACCGUAAGUGCCUUGGUGCUCAUCUGGAGACACCUUCAUCAUUAUACCCGACCGAAAGAACAACGCCAAAACAUCCGCAUCAUCAUCAUGCCAGUCUAUUUCUGUGUUGUCUCACUCCUUUCGAUCCUGUUCUACGAAGACUCCAUUUAUAUCACUCCUCUACUGGAGCUCGUCUGUCCGGACGAAGGAGCACGGCCAGAAUACUUCUCUCAGCUCGAAAACAAGGAUAAAAAGGGCAAUAUUAUAACUGGCGGCAGUGGAAAGUGGUUCAACCACAUAUACUUCAUGGUGUUCCAAUAUCCUUUCACGAAAACGAUUGCGACAGGAGUUCAAAUCGGGACACAAGCUGCAGACAUCUAUUGUCCCAACUCAUUGAGUCCGAAAUAUGCACAUAUCUGGCUUAUGCUGGUUGAAUUACUUGUUAUUGGUGGUGCUAUUGGUGGCGUGUUUGGAUUCUAUGGCCGACUCAAGCCUGAAUUCAACCCUAAAUAUCAUCCCCUAGGCAAACUAGUCUGCUUUAAAGGCAUCGUGAUCCUCCUGUUCCUUCAAGAUAUCAUCUUCGGGUUUUUGAAUUCGAAGUUGUUUCAACCUACAGCAACUCUGACAUUUGAUGAUCUUUACUUUGGAAUGCCUCUCCUCCUCACAGCAAUUGAGGCCACGAUAAUCUCAUUCACCUUUCACUGGGCCUUCAGCCCUCACAUCUACCAUGAAGACGGAUUUCCUGAGCGAGAACGUUUGCCAAUCUGGCACGCUGCUCUCGAUGCCAUGAAUCUCUCCGACAUCGUUAAAGCCAGCAUCAAAGCGUGGGCUCUCUUGUUUACUUCAGGCUCGGGGGCUCUUUCUUUUGGUUCUUCGAAGCCCCGCAUGCCCCUUAAGCAACGCACACUUCAGCUCGACGACAUGGGCCGCGAACCACUCACCCACCAAACCUACGGUCACAGCUAUACCAAUCCACACAUUGAUACUAGGUAUCAGCCCCCAAGCUACCCUCCAUCGUCCUCACUACCAAAUCGACGGUAUUCAUCAAGCGUACCGCCGGCUUUUCAGCAAGUGCAAGUGCAAGCUGAAAGCGUAGUUGGGCAAGCACAAUGCGGCUACCAAUCGAUCGGCAGACAAGAUCCAUCGCCAGAGCCAGACCAACACUAUUCUGUUACACCUUGUGAUGUUGUUUGA